UCCGAAGCGUGGGCGCCACCCUGGCCCAGCGCAGGCCUGGCCGGUGGCCUCGGCGCGGGAGGGUGCCGCCCGCGCCGCCGGCGCGCCGCGGCCGCGCCGGGGCGCGGUCGGGAUCCCGGCACGAGGCCGGCGGGAGGCCUCCUUCCACAUGCACCGCAGCCGCGCCUGGGACCUGCCGCGGUGUGCACCCGGCGGCGCGCCCCGCGGGGGAGGCGAAGACCCGCCGUCGCUCGGGCGUCCACUUGCCGUGCACGCGUCGGCGUCGUGCGUGUCUGUGCUCGUGCGAUGGCCUUCGGCGGUCCUCGCCGAGGGAGAGGUGCACACGCCCGAGCCCUGCCCCCUCUCCCUGCCCCCCUCGGCGCGCCGCCGAAGCACGCCUUCGUGGCCAGACAGGUCAGGUCAGAAGCCUUGCGCCAGACGGAGCGCGAGCAAGGUGAAACAAGACGAUUGCGCCUGCGUUCCAAAGCAGGAUCUGUAAAGCAUGUCCAGCUAAUGUGCACCAAAGGAGGAGGAGAAGGAGGAGGAGGAGGAGGAGGAGGAGGAGGGGGAAGCUAACACCAAACGGUGCGCAAACAGAAAGCACGCAGUGGACACACGACCGGUCAGUCGCCUUGCUUUCACAGCCGACUCCCACUCCGGGGCCAAAGCUGGCGCUGGCCGAGCGCGGCGGCGGUGUGUGGCCGCCUGCUGCGGAGCGGGCGCGCCGGCUGGGGAUCCGAGGAGCCUUCCCAGCCUGCGCCGAGGCCUAAGGGACGGCACAUGGGGCCUACUGUAACUAUGGCGGCAGCGCGCCAGGAAGCCCUCGGACGACAAAAAAAAUAGCUGGAGGGCCGAACAGCAGUUCAUUCACUUGAAGGCUGAGCAAGGACAGAAUGCGCCGCGUUGGGGACUCGUGUGCCCACUGGGAGUACAAGCCGUGCGGCCAUUGGCACUGAUCGAAAUGCGGCGGCAUCUACUGCGAUGGCCCUGCUGGUGCGCAGCAUGCCGGAUGGCAUAAGCCGCUGGCGCAGGUACGUAGUACGGCUGAGCUCCCCAAAUCCUCCCCACCAAAUCUCCCCUCUCGAACUCCACGUUGGUGGCGCCCGCCGUGCAAGUCACACUGGCCCAGCACGCCAUCGAGCCUGAACAGGUGCAAGAGGAGUCCACCCCGAAAUUGGACAUGGCUGCCAAUUUGGGGCGGACUCGAUCCAGCCGCGUGUAUGGAACGCGCUGGGUGAGUGUGGUUGAGAGCACGGCGAGUGCUGUCCGCAGCGUGAGCGCCGUUCCGUCGAAGACCAGUGGGAAUUCUUGUGGCACACGCGGCAGCGAGAGCACACAUCUUGUUGACACA